GUCAACGUAUAACUUCCUGUUUAUAUCACAGACAGGAAGAGGAUCUGCGGUGCAACAUGGCGUCCAGCAGUAGUGCAAAGAAUGAUUUUCGGCGUAAAUGGGACAAAGAUGAGUACGAACAGCUUGCUCAGAAACGAAUCACAGAGGAAAGAGAGAAAAAAGAUGGCAAACCUGUCCCCCCGGUCAAACGAGAGCUCCUCCGGCACAGAGACUACAAGGUGGAUUUGGAGUCUAAGCUGGGAAAGACCAUCGUCAUCACCAAGACCACACCACAGGCUGAAAUGGGCGGGUACUACUGCAACGUUUGCGAUUGUGUUGUGAAAGACUCCAUCAACUUCUUGGAUCACAUCAAUGGCAAAAAGCACCAGAGGAACCUGGGAAUGUCGAUGCGAGUUGAACGCUCCUCGCUGGACCAAGUGAAAAAGCGUUUCGAGAUGAACAAAAAGAAGCUGGAGGAAAAACAGAAGGAGUACGAUUUUGAGGAGCGAAUGAAGGAAUUGCGAGAAGAGGAGGAAAAAGCAAAAGCGUACAAAAAGGAGAAGCUAAAAGAAAAGAAAAGGAAGGCAGAGGAAGACCUUCAUUUUGAAGAGGAUGAUGAAAUGGCUGCUGUAAUGGGAUUCUCAGGGUUUGGUUCCUCCAAAAAGGGCCACUGAAUACCAGUGUGUCAUGUUUACCCAUGCUGAGGCCUCAGUGUUCUGUCCAACUGUAUGACUGGUUAGAGUUUGUCAUCUACACCGAAUGCCAUGAGGAAAUACGACGCCAACAAAUCAUCCAUUUAUUUGCCACUGUCAGUUAUUUGACAUCUGAGUGCUUGUGUAAAUCUGGUGACUUGUUAUUCCAUUUUCUUGUCCAGUCUCUUUUAUAGAUUUGGAGUUACAGAGUAAUCUAAAGCAAUAUGGCGUUAUUGAAAACAUGUUAAUGUGUGGGUUUUUUUUGUUUUGUUUUUAAACAGAUAUGAGGUAAUCAAGUGUAUAGGUGCUGAAGGAUAAAGGCCAGCAUAGAUUUGUUUGUUUGUUUGUUUUUGGUCCUCUUCUGAAAUUUGAAUGUGCAUUUGCUGAUAAAUUUUCAUUUUACAUUAAAAACCUUUGAACCUUUAAA